CGGUGGGCGACGGACGUACUAGGGCGGGCGAGCUGCCGUGUUCCUUCCUGGUUCUGUGUGACGGGGACACCGCCGUGACGCCUCAAUGGCUCGGUGACAGUCGUGGCGCGCCUGUGACGGAGGUGACGCACCGGUGACGAACACGCCGCGCCUGACAGAUGGUCUGACAGGACGGGGAGUGAUCCCCAGGGCCCGCUUGGACAGGUUGGUGGAGUGGUGACCUUUUGGCCCCGAGCCGCUCCGUCAGUGUUCCGUCGUCAGUGGUGCUCACUCAGAGCACAGUGGUGACUGGUGACGCUGGUGAAGGCACGAGCCGCGCUGGUGAAGGCACACGUGCCGGUGAAGUGGUAGUGCUAGAUGGUGGGUUUUAGUGGUGUUGCGAGGUAUGUGACGAUCGAUAUGAUUGGUGAUGGUUGCCAGUGAGCUGAGCUGCCAGUGUGGGUAAUAGACGUCUCUUGAUUCCGGAGAUUCACAACUGCUUACAACUCAACGUUAUAAACAUAAAACACUGAUGGAGGGCCGGUGGCUGGCGAUCGUCAGCUGGCUGUCACUGAUUGUGGCGAUGACAUCAGCAGUACAAACGUUCUCCACAGAGCCGGAGGACCAGAGUGUUGAAACGGGACAGACCGUGGUGCUGCCAUGCAAGGUCGACGGAGCUGCGGGAGCGGUCCAGUGGACUCGGGACGAGUUCGGGCUCGGGGUCGACCGAGAUCUACCCUCUUGGCCGCGCUACAAGAUGAUCGGCACCGACCGAGACGGUGUCUACUCGCUGGAAGUGCAGAGGGUGGCGCUCGAGGAUGACGCGGUGUUUCAGUGCCAAGUGGGCGCCGCCGCCGGAUCGCCCGGUAUCAGGUCCCGUAACGCCCGUCUCAAUGUGCUGGUGCCGCCGAGUGCCCCGCGCAUAGUCCAGGGAGAGGACCUCUCGACCACCGCUGGGGUGGUCAUCAAGCUGCAGUGUGAGAGCCGAGGAGGAAAACCGCCGCCAAAGCUGGAGUGGUUCGACAGCGACGGCACACAGCUGGAGAAUAACAUUACCAGCGAGGAUCGCCACAUGUCCGACGGCAAACGCUACGUCGUCGAGUCCACGAUCCUGCUGGAACCGGAGGCGCGCCACGACGGCGCCAACAUCACCUGUAAGGCCAAGAACGAGGCGCUGGACGAGCCGCAGUCGGUGGCGCUCACGCUUCACGUCAAGUACCCGCCAGAGGUGGCCGUGGAGAUAGACUCGACGCAGGUCAACGAGUAUGAUGACGUCACAUUCAAGUGCUCGGCCACGGCCAAUCCGGAUGAUGACCUCAUCUUCAAGUGGUUUAUCCGAGACGAGGUGGUGGUAGGUGACCACGGCAGGGAACUCAAACUCAGCUCCAUCGGACGAGAACUCAACUCAGCCGCCGUCAAGUGUGACGUAACGAAUGAGAUCGGCACGGGCAGCCACUCGGUCGACUUAGACAUUCGCUACGGCCCGCGGUUCCGGGAGGAGCCCAAAGAUGCGUCCGCGGAGGUCGGUGAAAAGGUCACGGUCAAAUGCGACGUCGACGCCAACCCCAGCCCGGAAAUCGUCUGGUUCAAACGCGACUGCGAGGGGUGUCAAAAGGAUCGACGAUUUGGAGGUCAGAGACAUCAUCGUCGCUACCAGAAUUACGACGUACGCCCGCCACCGUGGCGAGGCUAUAAGGUGGUCGGUCUAGGCUCGGAGCUGGAAAUCACUGUGACGCUGAACUCCGUUGGGCGAUAUGAGUGCCGCGCGGCCACCACCGGCUUCCCCGAGAUCUCUCGCCAGCUGAUGGUGUUUGCUCGGGGUCGACCGGAGGUCAGCGCCCGGUCACCGCAGCGCGGCGUCGCCGGAGGCACGGUGACGGUCGAGUGUGUGGUUACCAGCGUCCCGGCGCCCUCUGCCACCGUCUGGUAUCUCUACGGACGGCCCAUCCGCACAGACUCGGACCGCUACAAGACGGUGGACGAGCCGAUAGAGGGUGGCGUGCGCAGUCUCCUGGUCAUCUCCGGAGCCAGCGAGUCCGACUUUGGCCUCUACAACUGCACCUUCCACAAUGAGUACGGUGCAGACUCUGCCACCGUGCUGCUGCAGAAACAAGAGAGCGUCCCGCUGCUGAUCGUGCUGUCCGGAGUGGUGGGCGGCAUCAUUGUCAUCAUCUCGGCUAUACUGCUGCUGGUCAUGUGCCGCCGUCACCGCCAGCCCGGCGGCAGGGCGCCAGCGGACGGCAGUGAGAAGACCUCCGGCCGGCCGUCGGACCAGAGCUCUGCCGACACAGACCUGAAGAUGGAGCUGCGCAGCACCUCAUCCCUCUCGGGUCAGACUGCGUCCGAGCGCUGGGAUGAUGAGCUCUCCUCGUACCGCUACCCGGACGAUAUGACGGACGCGUCGUUCCCACCGGUACGGCAGGCACAAAAUAACGCUGGCUAUAUCUCGUACCCAAAUUACGAGCGCGACUACGCGCCGUCGCCCGUACCGGCUUCGUACGCCGACCCUCGUCUGUCGGCUCGCUACGGAAACCCGUACCUACGGGCCAACAGUCUGACGAAUCUGCCACCCCCGGCCGGGUACGGAGCGCGCCGCGCCGCCGCUACCACCGCUACCCAGCAUAUCACCGCCGCUGGCCAGCCUCCGCCGGGUCGUCUGGCUACACACGUCUGACUAGCACGGGAUGACGUGUGAUGAGCCGUGACGUGACACUGGUACGUGACGUGACGCUGGCUUGUGAUGUGAUGAUGAGGGUCGUGACAAUUUGUGAGGCGAGGAAACAGGAGUGAAGAGUGAGGGAGCGCUGUCAGGUGACAGUGUAAGACAGCUGACAGAUGCGCCGGACAGUGGCAGCUGAUGGUGACGCCUGGCAGUCAGUGUGACAGAUGCCGGGCUGUCCGCUGGCAGCAAGACAGCUCGAGUUAUUUAUUAGCUGUUUGGAUGCCCGCGUUCUGUCAGACAAGUGGUCUGAUAUCCUAGUUUGGGCUACUGCGUGUUUAGAGCCAAGACACUCGAUUGAAAACGCAUGAAAAUGUCUUCCCAUGUGUCAUUCAUCAUUCAUGACUAUUGAAGUGCGUACAUAAGUAGUGCUUAGGGAGUACGUAUUUGAACGUAUGUACAUACUCACACUUUGCCGUUAUUGUCAGUUGCCACGUGAUUUCUGGCAAACGCCAAGCUGCCAAAUACCCACGUGACUUUGUUGGCAAGUGCCGACGGAUUUUUAGCAUGUUUUCUUAACUUUGUCAUCUAGUCACGAGCCAUCUCAAUUUCAAGUGCCUUGGAUCCCGCUUGCCGUUUCGCUGCCUCCCCGACUGUGCGACCGACGGGUGUUGCCGCCAGCAGAGCCGUUUUAGUUGUGUUUUCGCUGUGAUGUCGGAGCGUCGCUUUAUUUCACCUGCCUAUUGAGAAGAGAGCAUUUAUUUGUACAUUUCCAGGUCAGUAGUAGCAUAAGCCCCGCCAAAGAGGUCUCGUGUGCGUGCGCUGUUGUAUGGCUGAGAGUGUGCUGAGGGCGUUACGAGAAUAUGUUUGUGAUGCCCCUUAACGCCCGUUUUAUAUGCGUCGAAUAAAGACUUUACACCAUUA